GUUUUGCUGCGCUUGUUGUCUGUGGCAUUUGUGUACUCAAAUUUGGCGUCCUUUUGAAACGCAUAAAUAAAAUAAACAAAUUAUUAUUUUAAAGCAUUUUAAGCAUUAAGCUAUACACAUUUGAAAACUACGAUGUACAACGCAGAAUGCAUAGCUAUAAAGGAUAUUAAGCCCGGACUGAAGAACAUUAAUGUCAUUUUCAUAGUACUUGAGGUGGGCGUCGCGACGGUGACCAAAGAGAACCGCGAGGUGCGCAACUUUAAAGUGGGCGAUCCCACAGCCAGUAUUAAUGUGUCCAUUUGGGAUGAGCCGGGCAAGCUGAUAGCUCCGGGCGAUAUCAUAAGACUGACCAAGGGCUAUGCGUCCAUUUGGCGCCAUUGUCUCACGCUGUAUUCCGGCAAGAAUGGCGAGGUCUUCAAGAUCGGCGAAUUCUGCAUGAUAUUCAACGAGGCGCUCAACAUGAGCGAGCCCAAACGUGGCGAUCCGCAGUCACCUGCUCCACAAUCUAGCAUGGUUGCCGUGCCCACGCCCGUCGUGACUCCCGUGGGCGUGGUAGCCGGCGCCGUGCAGCCAGCUGUGAUCACAACGCCCGCAGUGGUUGUGCCGCCCACAAUCGUCAAGCAAGCGGCACGCGGCGGUCGUGCCGGCACAGCACGGGCUGGAACUCUCAAAGCGGAGCGCAGAUGAAGCGACGAUAGCCACAGGUAG